AUGUGUGAAUUACCGCCCAGCGACCGCCCAUAUGACGUCACACCAACUCAGACUCCGCCUCCCCGGCUGGCCGCCAUACAAAUACGGCCGACCGAGCCGACCGACGGCAGAUCACAGCCUGAGAGCAAGCAGCCAGUGUCGAUGUCGAGCAGUGGCCGUCUCUGUGUGCUGGUGGUGGCCGCGUGUCUGCUGGCUCCGGCCGCCGUGUCGGCACAGAUCCAGUUCUCCGAGGACUGGACUCACGGCAAGCGCGACGUGUCGGCACAGCAGCAGCAGCUGCUGGCAGCGGCCGCCGCCGCCGCCGACGGCGCGCCGCGGCCGCCGCUCAGCCUGCUGGACGUGCUCAGCAAGGCGGCGGCGCAGCAGGCCGCCGGCCAGCAGUGCAAGCCCGACGCCGAGGCGCUCGGACUCAUCUACGACCUCAUCAUGAGGGAAGUCGAGAAGGUCAUCAGCUGCAGAACCCAAAACGGAAUGCUGAAACCGGCCUACGCGGCAUAGAAUCGGGAGCGCAUAGCUUCUGGUUGAACCAAAGAAGAAACGGCAGUUCCUCGACUCACUCAUUGUCAGGGAGUUUAAAUAAUUGUCCCGUCAAGUGGGCCCGGUUUCUAGUGCCGUUUUGCACGGACCAAGUCUGAGGGAAGUCGCAGCGUGCGGUAUCCUGAGCGGCAGCAGCACUGGAGCCUGAACAGUCGCUUGUUGCGCUGUGGAGGAAGGCAAUGCUGUCUGGAAGUCGAGGCGACUUUAGUCACGCACCAAGAGCUGCUGGCGCCGACAGCAGAGUGCCACCCUCGCCGGGUCUGAGUGGCUCGUCCGUGGAGCCAGAAGGGGCCGCUGCUCCGUGCACAUGGAGAGGCUGGCGGUUGCUGUCGUCCAUAUAGGACUGUUACGGGGCCGAGUGAUCUGUGAUACCUACCCAUUGUCUUUAUAUCGCCUCUCGUUUACAUCCUCCCGUGUUUCAGCAACAUCAAGCUGCCGACGAUGUCUCCUGAAUGGAAUCAUGUUUUUUUUUCUGGCAGCUGUGUGCAAUUGUUGCUAUUGAUGACGCUUGUGACCAGAACAUUCACUCAUUUUUAGCUUUUCAUGCUUCAUAUCUAGGCGCUAGUGUCAACCAUUAUAGCGUAGCUCGUCUCACCUAUACAUUAGAGAACUUCCAACACGUUGUACAGACAUCGUGUACUGUCAUUAUUUCCAUCAGAUUAACAUCACAUAUGUUUUAAGCUAUUUGUAUUUAUUUGUGUAUUUAUUGGUAUUUAUUACCCACUUUUUACCAUGUGUGAAUGUGAUUGUCGGCCAGCGACAGCUAGCGAUCGGUUAUAUAUUCUUUAGUAUGGACUAUGAUGUUCAGAUGAAUAGCGUCGUCAUUAAAAGCACUGCUGUUUUUAUGUUGUAUGCCAUGUUGGCGAGCCAAAUACUCAUGGUAAUAACCGUUUCAAUGUAUGUGUUCUAACAAUUAAUAGAUUCGUGUUUCUUAACUUAUUUUUAAAGCUUUGGAAAGGAAGUUAGAGGCAAGGGUCUUGUUUGGGAUACCCAUGUUAACCCGCGCACCGACGGGAGUGUGCGCCAACUUAGAACCGAAGGGGGGGAGGUUGACCGACCCCCUUCCCCCCCUGAGAUCUCGAGAACGAAGCAAGAUAGCGACAAGCGGUAAACGGCAUGGGGUACACACGGACAAGGUCUACAAUUUGUAUGAGGUAGUUUUCAGGUCAGGUCAAAUAUGACGUCGUUGUUCCUGUUUGUGUUUUUAUGCGAAUGUGCCAAUAAAACUGUAUGAAAUUUAAAAAA